AUGAUUGUUCAGUUAAUCAAUACUAGAAAUUUAGAUUCGAUGGACGUUUAUAUAAAUGGAGCAUAUGUAUUACCAAUGAAAAAUGCUAGAAAACAUAAGAUGAAUACUAUAUUAAAUAAUCAACAACAAAGAUUAGAAAGAGAUAAUAACAAAGAUAAAGAUAAAGAUAAAGAUAAUAAUAAUAAUAAUAAUAGCAAUGGUACAAAUGGUACCAAUAGCAAUAGCAAUAAUGGUAAACAACAAACACAAUCACAAAAGCAACAACAACAACAAAAGAAUGCAGGACCUAAAUUCAAGAGAUUUAAAAAGAAGGAUAAAUUAAAGAGAAACCAACAAGUAUCAAACACUAAAAAGGCAGCAAAGACAUCGUCGACAGCAUCACCUGCCAGCAAUACACACUCACAGGGACAACAACAAAACAUCAUCUUUUUUGAAGAGGAUGAUAGCAACUGCAGUGACCAAGAUAUUAUGGAGUGUCUAGAUCACCUGGUCAGAGGAGAUGACAGUCAAGAGGACAGCAUGGACGAGAUCAUUCUCGACUAUAUCCAGCACAUGAAUGUGUCAGAUACCGACGAAAACGGCGUCAUUAGCCAAUUCACAUUUACAGAGGAUAUGGAUAUCCUCUACUCGGCCGUCAAGAGUAGACAAGGCAGAAAGAAGCACAAACUCGGUCCCGGUGCAGAGAUUAUCGAUAUCUACACAACUGGCAACUUUUUUACGGCCAGUGAAGACUCUGACGACCUAGAUGACGACGAAGAGAUUGACUUGGCCAUCGAAGAAUCUUAUCGUAAGAGUUGUAGACUCAAGAGAAGAAAUAAUCAAAGUAGAAACAAAGCAAAAAAGGCUGCUACUCCACCAAAACCAAAUAAUAAUAAUAAUAAUAGCAAAAGUAAAUCACCACAACAAAAGAAUAAUACUAGUAUAUUGGCAACUGCUGGCAAGGUUAAUUUUGUUAGUGGAGGUAUUCUAACAAAUAAUGAUGAAGAAGAUGAUUCCGAAUUAACUACUACAUCAACUGACAGUGUUUCCCUUCAACAAUCAACAACCUCUACCAGCACAACUACUACUACUACAACUUCUACUACUUCAACUAAAAAGGUACCAGCAUUGGAGAAAAGAGUAUCAUUCCAAUUGAUAAAUGAUGUAAUUGUCCUUUCAUCGUCGAGUGAGGAUAUCGAUGAAAGUCCAAACAUGCCAACAACCACUCCACAACAAUUACAACAUAAUCACAACUUUAAUAACUUUAAUAAUCAUCAUAUUCAACAGUUGCAACAGCAACAACAAGUUGUACCAAAUAUUGAUUUGUCAUCAUCUGCCAACAGUGGUUCACAACACGAACAAAUGAGCCCAAGAUUCAACCACGAUGAAUCACAAGAUAUUGAAUUUGCCGAUGAAAGUGAUUUUGUAAACAAUGAAGAUGAAAGUGAUGGUUAUGAUACCGACUUGGACAACGAGCAACAAAGAAGAGCAUUUACACCAUCGCCACUAUUUUCUCAAGACAUGAUGGAAAGAUCAGGUCCUCCAUCCGAUGACGACGAUGAAAAGAUGAACCAAGACGACGAUUCAUCAACCGAGGAAGAGAGAAUUGUUUCCUGUUAUGCAAAUGGUUCAGAACCAUCUGGUGAUGAAAGUUAUUUUAGUAAUCCAUUUAGUAGACUUUGUAGUGGUGGCGGCGGUGGUGGUAAUAGAUCAUCUUCUUCCAUUUCGUCAUUUGGAAAUCACUCAUCAUCAUCGACAUUUGGUAAUUUCAAUACUCAAGCUACUAGAAGAUCAUGUAGUGGAUUCUCAUCAUUUGGUAUCAAUACUUGUCCAACUACUCCACCAACUCCAUUAGCACCAUCAACACCUCUUACACCAUCAACACCUCUCACACCACUUUCAAAUCCAUUAUUUUCCAUCAAUAGUCUAAAUAAUAAUAAUAAUAAUAAUAUUCAUAACCCAAUAGAUAUAGACAAACUUCAUUGUAUUAAUAGUUGUAGUAAUAAUAGUAAUAAUAAUAAUAAUAAUAAUAAUCUUUAUAAUCGUAAUAGUAAUAAUGGUAAUCAAUAUAUUGAUGUUUCAUCAGAAGAAAGUGAAUCAGAAUCAGAGUCUGAUGAUCCAGAGACUGAGCGUCGUGGAUCUUUUGCCGAUUGGAUAAAAAAGGUACAUGGAACAUCGACCAUCAAGAUCCCACCCAAAAAUGCCAACAACGAAUUAAUAGAUGUAGAUAAUUUCGAACCUUUCAAAAAGGACAAGGUUGCUCCAGCACCCUCUGCUCCACUCGACCAAGUCAUUUCCGAUUGCCUAAGAGAUAAUUGUACAGAAGUCAUCAAAAAUGAUAUCGAGUUGCUUCACAAUAGAGGAUUAACUUUUACAUCCUACACUUCAAAACAAUUAAGUUCAAUCUCUACUCUUUUUGAUACUUUAAUUAUGAAUUCUUGUUAUCAAAACCUUUCUAAUCACUCCAUUCUUCCUCCUCUCUACUUUAGUGAAUUCCCAUUAUGGUCAAUGUCUAAAAUAUCCUUGUAUCAAAUUCAAUUAUUAACUAAAAAUUAUGCUAUUUUUAGUUGUAUCAAGAAAAUAAGGAAUAGAAAGACAAUCUUUGUAAAUAUUCACAACUCUACAAAGAAACCAUCGAUUAGAAAGAAGGAAAGAUAUAUUGAGGAUUCUUCUCAACAAUCUACCAACUUUAAAAUUAAUGAUUCAAUGUUUGAUUAUGAUAGUGAUUCAGAAUCUGAUACCGAUAAUAAUAAUAAUAACAAUAAUAAUAAUAACAAUAAUAAUGGUCAUAUCAAUAAUAGUAGUGGUAGUGUUAAUAAUGGAUUUAUCAAUAUUAAUAAUAGUAAUAAUAAUAUUGGUAGACACCAAAGAUCUCCAUCACUUGGAUCAACUUCACAUACACCGAGAAAAGGUGAGAAAACAAUUCAUAUGGGUAGAAAAGGAAAGACAGCACCACAAAAUGUAUAUGAAAAGUUUUCUAAAAAGAAGAACAAACAUCAACAGCAACAACAACAAAGUCCCAAAAACAAAUCACCAAAGAGUCCAAACAGUGGUCCUCAAACACCUGUUAAAAGAUUGUUACAUGGUGAAGUUGUAGACGGUGAUCGCAAGCCAAUCGGAGAAUCCAAUAUUGGAAACCAAUUGCUCAAAAAGAUGGGUUGGGUUGGUGGUGGUCUUGGAGCUCAAGAACAAGGCAUCGUUGCACCAGUUCAAGCAGUUGUUAGAAAGGAUAGAUUAGGUUUAGGGUUUUAA